CGCUCGCGGCUGUGGGCGGUGCGCCGUAGCGAGGCGGAGCCCGCGGCUCGGAGCGUAGAGGGAGGGAGGUCCUCUGGUUGGACACACCGCCCCCCAUCCUGGGGCCUGGGGAUUACCCCUGGCCCCAGCCUCCUGCUCGUCACCACCACCCCUAACCUCUCCGGCUGAGCUCCACACCCCAGAGAGGAUUAACACCCAGGGACGCAGGGAGUUCCCUUUAUCCAAGGAGCUGGCCACCUGCAUGGGUAGCAGGGGCCACAGGCUCGAACACUCCUGAUGUCAGAAGGGACUGGGCAGGUUGACUGACCACAGACAGUCUCUCAGCCAGGGCCCUCUCAGCAGCAGCAUGAACUCCAGGAUUCCAUCUGCUAGGGGCUGGUUCAGCAGCUGCCCACCCACCUCGAAGCCUGACCUGGAGCCUGCCACAGAUGGGCCAGCCUCUGAGACCACCACCCUCAGCCCAGAAGCCACCAGCUUUAAUGACACCAGAAUCCCUGAUGUGGCUGGUGGCUCGGCUGGUGUGGGCACAAUGCUUCUGUCCUUCGGGAUCAUCACAAUGAUUGGCCUGGCUGUGGCCAUGGUUUUGUACAUCAGGAAGAAGAAGAGGCUGGAGAAGCUACGCCACCAGCUCAUGCCCAUGUACAACUUCGACCCCACGGAGGAACAAGAUGAACUGGAACAAGAGCUGCUGGAGCACGGGCGGGAUGCUGCCUCUGUGCAGGCUGCCGCCUCCGCGCAGGCCACGCAGGGCAAGACCACUCUCCCCUCUCAAGGCCCACUGCAGAGGCCCACCCGGCUGGUGUUCACUGACGUAGCCAAUGCCAUCCAUGCGUGAUUGGCCCAGGAACAGGCCUGGACCUCUGAUGAAGACACCUGCCACAGUGCCCACAGAGCUGCCCACUCCGCGAUUGUUAAGACCUACUCUCAGGACCUGCCCUGCUGAGGCCCCAGCUGUUCCGAGGACCCACCUGCUCACUCUCCAGGCUCUAAGAGAGGCUGGGCAUCUGGCCACUGAUGACCCCUGAUCUGAGGGCCCUGGCAUGGAGGGCAUCCCUCCUGUCAGGAAGGUUGAGAGCCACUGCUGGCUUCCUUGUGUCCUGCCCAGACCCCUCAUAUCAGGGUCUGCUCCUCUAAUGUGGAGGAAAUGUGGGGAGAACCUGUCUUUGAAGUCUGGAGCCUCCUCUGGGUUGGGAAGAGGAACCACCCAGGUCUUGGGGACAGGGUGUCAUGGCACCCUGGGAGAGGCCCAGGGGUGGAGCUGAAACUGCCCAGUGGGCAAGGAUGCCAGAAGGAGAGCUGCUUGUACCCAAGGUCCAUCCAUAUUACAGAGGGUCCAUGAGGUCUCCCAGCCACCCCUCCCUGGCAGCCAGUUGUUGGCUUGGCCCAAGCUAGGAUGGGAGCUGAGGGCAAAGUAGGGGAACCAGUGUGGAGGGCUGCAGUGCCCAGACCUGCUGAAAGGCCUCAUGCAUAUGCAUGAAUGUGCCCAUGUGCAGACGUGUGCCUGUCCCAGCACAGCGGGCAGGAUGGAGAUUCUGCUUUGGCUUCACCCUCCAAGUCAACCCCCACCCCGUGGUGUGUGGAGGAGCAUUGUGG